AAGUGAAGCGAGGAUAGCUCCCGUUAACCCACAUUCUCAUCCGCCCGGCCGCUCCGAGGGGUGCGUUAUAAACGCUACGUUUUCCCCUGGCCGCGACACGAUCUGUGCGCACGACGACGCACUUUCUCUCGGCGGCCGCUGCGCGUUGAUCGGCAGCCCUCGUGCUCGGCCGCAUGCGCUCAGCCGCAGCGUUGACGAGCUCCUCACUUGUGCUACUGAUACGAGACGCGAAGUAUCUUAAUUAUUGCGCCCUUCCAAUUCCUGGGCGUAAUCAUAUAGCUGGAAACAUUUAGAAAAAGGAAAAAAGAAAUACGUGUUAGGCAUUUAAGGGGGCUGCGUUAAGGGAUGUGGAAAGAGGGCCUCCGGUCUUGGCUUCUUGUUGUGAUUGCCGCGUGCCUUUUCGCCAGCGCACCGUUCGUCGACGCAGCGUUCAGGAGGAGCUGCCGCUGCGGCCGGCAGCUGGUGCGCCGCAGCCGCAUCGUGGGAGGUCGGGACGCCUAUGACGGCGAGUUUCCCUGGAUUGUAUCGUUGAGGAUAAAUGGGCAACAUGAGUGCGGCGGCACGAUUAUUGGAAAGCGCUGGAUACUUACAGCGGCCCACUGCCUGCAAAGGGCCACCCUGCGCAACUUGCGUGUCCGUGUGGGCGAGUACCACUUGUACCAGGCGGAGUUGGGCCACUCGUCGCUGGACCUGGUGCCGGAGAAGUUGCUGCUGCACCCCAUGUUCGGCCAGCCCAAAAGGCUUAGCAACGACAUCGGCCUGCUGCGGCUCGCCUCGGACAUCCCGCUGGGCGCGUUCGCCGUGCCGGCUUGCCUGCCGUCGGCCUCCGAUAGGAGCCUCUACGCCUCCGGCAAGAACGGCACGGUUGCCGGCUGGGGAUACGUCCGGGAACUGCGGCUCGACUCCUUCAAGGACGAGAGCCUGAGUGCAUACAUGACGGACGUCCUCCAAAAGGUCGAGGUGCAGCUCAUGAGCAACGGACAGUGCAAUGGACUGUACAUCGAGGCGAAAAAGUCCAUCCGCGUCGCCAGGGAGCAACUCUGUGCUGGGCAUAAAGAAGGGAAGAAGGAUGCCUGCACGGGGGACUCUGGCGGGCCCUUGAUGGUCCUGGCAGAUAACACGUACGUCGUGAUCGGCGUCGUAUCCGGUGGCAUUGGCUGCGCUCGGCCGCUGCUGCCGGGACUCUACACUCGCAUCACUUCCUACAUGCCGUGGAUAAUGAGUCACCUGAGGAGCAGCCGCUAGUGGCCUCUCCUGCAGUAUUAUGAACGACAAGGAACUGCGCUCAGCGUUGGCUGAACUUGUUUCACCCUCAACCCCUUAGAGCACGUUGCUUUUGCCAAAGAUUGCAAAGAACAUCACCUGUUCAUUGCUGUGUUUCGAGAUAGCAUGCUUCAUGAUACAUAUUAACGCAAACUCUCAAUGUGUGGUGAAAGCUUUAUCAAACAGGAAAAGAUCGACCGCCUGAAAGUAGCGCAAACGUAGCGCAACAGAAAGAACAAACGUUGCUGAAGUUGAAAGCUUCCCAGUCCAACCAAAAUUCGCUUAAUCACUGGUAUGAAACACAUCUGCACAGCACUGUUGGGUUUGUUGACUCAGGUAUUCAGGAAGGUCACAGAUGUAGAAAAACAAAGUUAACGAACAAGUGUAAGCUCAGGCACAGUGAAGUGAUCAUUGCGGAUGUUUUUAAAGCGAAAGGAAGUUCAUAAAAAGCAAUACUGUCAUCCAACCAUAAGAAGCACUGAGAAAUAAAAUAAGUUUGAAGGGUGUUUAAAUUAUUAUCAGGUGAAGGCACAUCCUUCGUAAUGCAAGAUUUUUCUUUGCAGGCAAGUGCUGCUUUCACGUGGACGACUACUUUUCGUUUGACGCAGGCUUGUCAACGCCAUUAGAUAUGCUCUCCAUGUAGCCUGCUUGCUUUAUACUACAUAAGGAAAGCUAUAUAGAUGCAAUCGAGGAUCAGUGUCAUCUUAACAUAGCGUUACUAGUGUAUGUACAUACUAUAAAGUUACUUCAGUGUUCCCGAGCAAUCAGUAAUUCGCACUCUUCCGAAUCCGGUUAUUUGUACUCCGUAAAACCUUGUGCUUGCAUCUGUGUUUUAUUUUAUUCUUGUGCGCUUGCUUUCUCUUGUUUCUGUUCUUCUUUUAUGUGUGCUGGAGAGUAUUUGAGUACGAAAUGUGCGAUCCACGAGAUACCUCCCCUGUGCUUCGACAAGAACCCUUGUGGGCUUUAACAAAUCCAAAAACACUCGUAUUUUCGUACGUGUGUGUGUGAACCAAAUAACAUCGUAUUGUUUUAUCUCAUAUCUUUGAUUUUAAUGUUUCUAUAGCUCUCUGCCAUCAGUCAUACCAUCGAGGAGGGCAGGUCUUUUAGUUGUGUUAUUCGGAAAACUUUCUUGUAUGCUCGAGCUCUACACUUCGAAGACUUCAAGUGUUCAGCUUCGAUAUACCCAGUUAAGCCUCAACUUGUGGUGAUGUAAUUCAAUACGCGUGUCAUAUUGUGCCGCAAUUUGUGUAGAUAAAACCACCGUCACCAUUUUCCAGAAUUUUGUAUUUUCAUUUUACAAUACCUAUUAUACGGUAUAGCCGGUUCAGGUUCCACCUAUUUACUGGAUGUUCCAACGCGAAUAUUACAUUUCAUUCUAUGUGCUUUAUACCGUUCCAGUGUGCUUCGCAGGUAAAAAAAAAUGUUUCGAGCUUUAUUUUAACAAAAAGUAUUUCGAAAGAGCCAUAUGCCUUCUUCACAGUAAAGAAUGCAGAGACGUAAAUUGUUGUGGUAGUGUUUGUAGGCUGUCUUGAUCAAUAUAUUUUUGUUUCGAAAUAUCUUUCACAAUCGGUGUACAAAAGUUCAACGUAAUGACACAGCAAUGAAAGCUGCCAAGGCGUGUUGAUAGCUGUAACAAUGCGAGGAUAUUCGUGUGCUCUUGAGUGUGUUCUUGAAAAAGGUCGGUCCCCGGU